CUUACCAACCCUAAAAAAUGUCUCAUUUCGAAUUCUGAGCUUUUCUCUUCCUCUCUCUCUCUCACUCACUCCGUCCCCACUCCGUCGUCUUCGAAUGGCGAUCAAUCAGAGCUCCGAUCACGAGUCCGACGAAAACACGCGUCUUUACCAUCCUUACCAAAACUACCAAGUCCCGAUCAAAGCUCAGUAUCUUUACAAGCUCCCUACUUCUCCAGAAUUCCUCUUCACGGAAGAGUCACUCAAGCAGCGUCGAUCAUGGGGAGAAAACCUCACCUUCUACACAGGGGUAGGUUAUCUCGGCGGCUCUGUAGCCGGUGCUACAGCUGGGGUCUUCUCCGGUAUCAGGAGCUUUGAAAAUGGAGACACGACUAAGCUUAAAAUCAACAGGAUUUUGAAUUCGUCUGGUCAGGCAGGUCGCACUUGGGGUAAUAGGAUUGGGGUGUUAGGGUUGAUCUAUGCAGGGGUUGAGAGUGGUGUGGUGGCGGUAACUGAUAAAGACGAUGUUUGGACCAGUGUUGUCGCUGGUCUUGGAACCGGAGCGGUUUAUAGGGCAGCUCGAGGAGUGAGAUCUGCGGCUGUGGCUGGUGCUCUUGGCGGAGUAGCGGCUGGUGCUGUUGUGGCUGGGAAGCAGGUUUUCAAGCGCUAUGCUCACAUAUGAAGAACCGGAGUGAUCUUUAGGGAUAGGGAAAUCAUAAAAAUCAGAGCUUUCUGGGGUAGAAUUCUGGUUUUCAUAUAGCAAGAUUUAACCUUGAGAACCUUUAUUUAUAUAUAAUAACAAUAAUAAUAAAGGUUUUACCGUUUGGUAUUUGAAUCUCCAUGAGUUCUUGCUUAUGUUCAUGCUAGUUUUUGUUAUAUGCUGUGCCUCUUUUUCAAUUGUCCAAAAAGCGUGAAUGUUGUUGUUAUCAGACUGACUCAAGAGGUGAAAUGGUUUCAUUCUCAUUUC